GUGUGGUUAGUAAGUGUCAUGGUAUUGCGACGAGCACUUCAAGUGAUCAGUAUCUGGUUGAACAUUUGUUGCCCGUCACUGUUCCCACUUUACAGCAUGUGUGGCUUCCGGCUACUAUCGAAGCAGAAACUUUUCAGGUAAUCGAAUCGCACGGACUUAGAGUCUUGGACUCAGUGCUAAGUGCACUGGUGCAGUCACUUAUCGAUCAUCGAUAUCCAUCAAUCAUCAAACGGCAGUCAGUUACGUACCAAUAAUCCUUUCUGAAAGUGUCAUAUAAUAUGUCUGAAGGAACUUGGGAAAAGCUUGCCCAGGUUGCUGUCAAGGGUGCCCAAUAUGACUCUCGUGAGCGUCAGCCCCAUCCGAAAUGUUUGGAAGGGACCAGAGUGGUCCUUCUCAACUACAUCUACGAGUCACUGGACCGUCAAGGAAACAGUCAACUCAUCUGGCUGCAUGGCACAGCGGGUGUUGGAAAAUCUGCUGUUGCAUUCACCGUAGCCGAAAGAAUGAGAGGUCUGAAAGUGAAAGAAGGAAGCAAGGAAAAGCGGCUUGCAGGAACUUUCUUUUUUUCGCGCAAGCACACGAAGCGCCGCACAACUGGUUAUUUCUUCGCGACCCUUAUCUACCAGCUUGCAAGCAAUUUUCCCAGCAUCCGGGAGGACGUGAAUAGAAUCAUCCUCGACAAUCCUACUUUGCUAGAUCACGACACAUCUCUUCGCGACCAGAUGGAGGCGUUAUUUCUUCAACCCCUCCAGAGGCUCAAACUCAGACUGCGUGAAUGCCCGCCUUUGACGUUUGUUAUUGAUGCCCUUGACGAAUGCGCUUCUGAAUCUCCCGAGGACGACACAUCCGAGAGCGAGCUCACUGAUCUCAUCUCCUUACUUGGCGAAGCUCUUCGCGAGCCUGGUCUGCCCAUCACCCACAUCCUGCUCACGAGUCGUUCGGAAGAGUAUAUUCACAAAGCUAUGCAGACAGAAGAGAUACGUCCACUGGUGUGCGAGAUACCAGUGAGAACUUCUGGGGAGGGGGUCGCUGCCACUAUCUCGUUAGAUGGUGUAGACGUUGACAAUGACAUAUAUGUUUUCUUGCAGCAUUCAUUCAGAGAGCUGGGCACUCGCCAUCCCGAUUUUCCACAGCCAUCGACUGAUGAACUUGCGCGGCUGGCGAGCAGAGCAGGCAGACGUUUUAUUGUGGCGUCCACGAUGAUGAAGUUUAUCGAUGAUCGACACAACGAUCCCCGCGAUCGACUUCAGCUCAUGCUCGAGUUAACGAGCGAACUGCUACCAGGAACAGAGGUGUACAAGUUGUACGACCGAAUCCUUUCCACAUGCGCUGACCCAACACUCGCAUACCUGCACUUGUCUGUUAUCGCUGCCCUUGCAGACCCUCUGCCGAUGGCACAAAUCUCAAAACUUCUUGGCCCUGGUGAGGGCAGGGACGUCGAAAGUGUACUGGUACAGCUACGAUCUGUGAUAGAUGUUCCUACUGAAAGCAAUCUCCCCGUGAAUAUCUACCACUCCUCCGUCCGUGACUAUGUUUCUUACCACUCAAACUCCUCCCUCUCUCAAGUACACAACAUCGCAUCACCGCACUCUCUCCUCGCUCUGUCCUGUCUCCGCUUGAUGGUGCACGACCUUCUAGAAAGCACGGCCCUUCUAGACGCAUUCUCAGAAUUGAUAAAGCAUAGCCAAGGUAUAGAAUCCCACGGACCUCAGAAUUUAAAACACACAUUGGACUUUGUUGUUCAGCCACUUGAGCCAGUGCAAGUGCUUAUUGGUCUACUAUGGCUUCGGGGGCAUCGUAAUCCAGAAUUGCAAUUUUGGCUGGAUACCCGGGAUGGGCAGGCCUGGCUACAAACUAAUGCGCAGAUACAGUGGCUGCAGACCGAGGGAGGGAAGGACUGGCUGCAGACUGAGAGAGGAAAGCGCUGGCUGCAGACCGAGGGAGGAGAGCGCUGGCUGCGGGCCGAGGGAGGGGAGUGCUGGCUGCAGACGAUGGGAGGGGAGUGCUGGCUGCAGACCAAGGGAGGGGAGCGCUGGCUGCGGAUGAUGGGAGGGGAGCACUGGCUGCAGACCGAGGGAGGGAAGCACUGGCGGCUCCAAACUCCUAACACAGGACACCAGCUACUGUUCCCGGAAAAGCCUGAGCAUAAUUCGUACCUCCACUCCUUGAAUACAUCUGGACCUGUACAGACCUCAGACGACACCUCACCCUCACCAACCUCUUCCACCGAGGCUGGCCUGCAGACCACAGGUGGGGGAGGGCCACUACAGACUUCGGGCACACAAGCCUGGCUGCAAGCCCUGAGCGGGCGACAUUGGCUACAGUGGUUGGAGACCCAAGUCGGGGGACACUGGUUGCUGAGCCAGAGUGGGCGAGACUGGCUGCAAACUCAGGAUGGGAAGAACUGGGUGCAGACUUCAAGCGCACAAGGGUGGCUGCAGACCCAGGGAGGGAAAGACUGGCUACAGACCUCGGGCGUCCGAGAGUGGCUGCAGACACAGGGAGGGAAAGACUGGCUGCAGACCCUAGAUGUACGAGAGUGGCUGCAGACACCAGGAGGGAAAGACUGGUUGCAGACCCAGGUAGGGAGAGAUUGGUUGCAGACCCUGGGUGGGCGUGACUGGUUGCAGACAUCCCAGGGUCAAACAUGGCGGUUAACGACUCUCUGGGUGACAAUGGAAGAAUACUCGAGCACGUUGGAAGCAACCAGAGAUUUCAUUAUUGUCCCAGAUUCGCUUCUACAGCCCACUUUUCAAGUAAUUCAGCAGUUCAAGAACUUGCCGGAUUUCUUGUUGUUUCCGGCCUUUUUGGCGUUAAGGCACCAGAAUCAUUCGACCUUUACGUCAACAUACAAUCGUCUUCUACCGGACGUGCAGACCAUCCAUGCAAUGGUGGCCUUUAUUGAUUUCGCAAGCCAAGCAUGGGAACGAAGUCGAUCAACUUCCGAUGUUUUGAAGUAUGCAUGUCAAAACUGGGCCCUCCAUCUCUCUCGAGCUCCGAACCCGCGGGACGAGAGGCUUGCCUGUAUAUUCCAGUCUUUCUGGACCCGUAACCUCCUCUCCUGGCUUGAAAGGCAGUGGUGUUUGAAGGAUCUGCGCUCUUGCCUCACUAUUCUACGCGAGGGGGAAAAACUUGCACAGGACUAUCUUCAAACUCCAAGGUUACCUCUAUCAUGAGUCUGAAGCACUCGACAUUACUCGCUAUCUUGUCGAUGCUUUGUUUCACGCGUCUCGAGCGUUCAUAUGUACCACCCAUCCGAGUCAAUUACACAUUUUCUCUCGUUCCAGACAAACAUAUGCGUCCCUUUGAUCGGGCAAAAUAAUGGUGUUGGUUUAGGAGCAGAAUACGAUUUAUAUAAUUUGGUGUGCUGACCCCUCAAUAUUCAAUGUCAAAACCGAGUUUGAAAUUUUGCCUCGUUCAAUACCGAGUCUGGCCCUCAUCGACCUAAGAAG